AUGGACUUGGCCCUCAUUCCGUUGCACGAGUUGCCGUCCUUGGAGACUCGGGGUAGCGUUGAGCUCUGGAGAUCCUUUCCGGGCAAUACAGCAGCACCGGAACAGCUCAAUAUCGGCGCGUCCAGGCGAUUCACUGGCAGAAGUGGUGAUAUACCAACGGGGCGGCAUCUAAAGCGGGUCAAGUUCACCGUGGCUUCAUCGUGGGUCAUUUUAGCUGUGCUUGUGGGAGUGUCCCUGCUAUUUGUUUCACUGUGUGGCAGUGCACGAAAGAUCCAUAGGGGUGCAGAGCAGCGGAGACUCGCAGGUAAUAGUGGUUCUAAAGACUCCAGUUCGCCGACAAACCCGCAUUUCUCUGAAGACGACUGGAUUCCCCUCAAUGCGGAUGAGCUCGCGAAUCUGUGUGCCCAAGUGGGGGAUUGGGCACCUGGAUUUGUCCCUCAUAGUUAUCUAAGCCCUUCAGUUGGUAUGCCAGAAGUGCCUUCAACCUCAAAAGAGCCCAGCGAAUUCUCUGGGGUGCUCCGAAAUGAGCAACAGCCCCAUGAGGCCAUAUCCAAACAGCAUAAAGGCAAGCGUACUCGGCAGGGAGGUUAUGACAUAUUGGGAGAGAGUCCUAAUAAGGUUGGUAGGCUCUCGCACCACCUCUCCUCAGAGACAGGUGCCUUGACCGAGGGCAGGACGCUGCAAGGACUGACAGGGGGUGCUCAACAAACAUCAGGCAUCCGCCUGACGAAUUCCAACGUUGGACUGCUUUCAAAUGUACAUACCCUUAUUGUUCAUCAGGAAGGGUUAGGAACUCCAUUGGUGGACCUCAGAGCUGUUCAGCAAACGCGUAUUGUGGACCAGGAAGGAGAACAUUCGUCUCCAACUACCCGUCCUGAUUCCUCUUCUGCUCCUAAAGGGACACUGUAUUGCUUCGGGGAUUGUAAACAAGCUUCAGUGUCCCAGAGCGUGCUGGUGCCUUUACUUCGAAGUGAUCCUUUCGGCAAACAGGGACAUUCUUCACAAACCUCUGGCAAAUCCUUAGCAUCAAAAGCGCUCACGAAGUUAUUAUUGCCGGUAGUACAUAAGCAUCCUUUUGUUCGACAACCUGUUUUUAUGCCGAAUGUGAAAAUUGAAGACAUCGAAGUGAAGGUCCCCCAAGCUUGGAUAGCAGACGAACCCAUAGCCCACGUCCUUCGGACGAUCAGACGCUUGUGUCUGAAGCCGGCCCUCAACCAUGAGGAUGCAAAUGAGCUGAUUCAUGCCUCCAUUACCCUAGCCCAGCGGGCUCUGUCGUCCAUGACUACGCCAGUUGACCUACGGGCAUCAAUUGCCGUAGCAGCUUUAGGACGUCGCUUUUUGGUUUUCAAUGCUGUUUAUCCAGCUUUCAAGCUCAUGAAAGGCAAAAAGUAUGCGUUGAAGAAAUUAUGGGCGGACCUUGUUGAUAAAGUUCCAACCGUGUAUGACCGUGCCCCUCGUGGAAUGACUAAUGCCAAGCAUAAAUUCCACCAUCAGUUGGCGGAGCAGCUGAGCGACGCGCUGGAAGUGUACAAGAGUGGGUCUCAGCCUUCCGAAAAAAAAAUCCUUGACCUCAAGCGCAAGUUGUUCUGCCAUGAAUUCUCUCCCACUUGUUUUCUUCGAGAGUCUUGGAAUCAAUGGAGAGAAGAUGACGAGCAGCAUAAGGACUAA